AGAAACCUCAGUCUUGCCCGGAGGUCUCUAGAGAAAUGAAUCUAUACACGCCGGCUGAUGGUCUAUUCGAUACUCAUGUCACUUGGGAGGACAUAGAAAAGGAUCUACAAAGAGAAUUUCAUACUUCUGCGAGUUUUGGUCCUAACAAAUCUGCGAAGACUAUUGGAGAUGGCAGAGGGGUUAUGUCAAAAAUUGUGCUUAUUGAACCUGACUGGCAACACAAAGACAAGUAUUUGCCCAAACAGUUCAUAGUCAAGAUUAUUUCUUCCUUAGCAAUUCUUCAACUGUUUGGAAUACCCCUAGAUGAAAGCAAUGCAUCACUUUUCGAGGAUAUAAAGAAAGGAAUCGAAUCCAAUCAAAAACUGGUUCACAACGUCGAGGUCAGCGCUUACACUCACCUACUGGAACUUCCUGAAGAAAAAGUUCCUAUACCAAAGAUUUACUUUAUGAAGAGGUUUUCGGAAUCGAAUCCAGUUAAAGGGUAUAUAAUAAUGGAUUUUAUUGAUGAUCUCCAGUUGGUGCACGUUUACGACAACAUAUCUCCGAAAGCUAUAUUGAAGACACUCCGCGCUUUAGCAGCAAUGGAAGCAAUGUCGGCGAAGUUUUCAGAGGAUGAGAAAAAAGAGUUUCUGGCGCUGCCUUUUGCGAAUCUCUUUGACGAGUUAUUUAGCGAAGAGAAACUGCACAGCGUUGCUGACACAUGCCGAUCUUUUGCACCGGAGCUCUCUGAAAAAGUCAACAAAAUGGAAGAAGUUUUAUCUGCAGUUCUGGACCUUGAGUGGGUGGAUCAAAUACCGGAGGAGUUGAGUAUGCAGCGGAUACUCUGCCACGGAGAUAUGUGGUCUGCAAAUAUGCUCUUUAAAAGAAAUAAUGAGGAAAGUGUCGACAUGGUUGCGUUGAUCGAUUUUCAGAAUGCGCAUAUGGGCUGUCCCGCAAUCGAUUUGGUGCGGUUGUUUGGCACAUGCCUCUGUGGCAGGUAUAGACAGUUGCACUGGGAAGAGCUAUUAGAGCGAUUUCACGCUUAUUUAGUAGAGGAAGUUGCUAAUGGAGAGAUGCCCUAUACCUUUGAACAGUUGAAAGAAUCAUACCGCCGAUGCUUACCAAUAGGAUUAUUUUUUGCGUUGUUCGACAUGUCGCCUUAUUUCGACGAAAUACUGAAGUGCAGUGAAGAAGACAGAAUGGAAAAAGAAAUCGACAUCCUGAUCGAGAAAAUGGAAUGUGCUUUGGAUGACUUGGUAGUUUAUCACGAGCGUAACGUGAAACUGAGAAAGCAAAGCAAGACGAUUUGGGUUUCCAGUUCAAACGAUCCGCUUUAUGCUUCCAUCACUCAUCGAAUGAGGCGCUUGUCAGUCCGUAAUAUCGAGGCGACUGCUUGA